UAUAACUUUAAUAAUAUGCUUAUAGUCACUAUCGGAAGAUCAUUGAACAAGUUAGUAUAUAGCUUUAAACUAUAUUCUAUCUUAGAUAUACUUCACUGUGAAAAGGGUACUAUUACCUUCGCUAAAGCUAUUAGCGCUAUCGUAAAGAUAUAUUAUAACGAUAAGUAUAUACCUACUAAGUUUAAAGUAGGAGAUACCGUAGGACUAUUUAAGAUUGUCUAUAAAAUCGAUAGGAACGUCUAUAAGCUUGACUUUCUAGCUAGUUGGAAAGUCUAUCCUAUAGUUUCAGUUUCCUAG